AUGGUGACAGACGGGGGUGGAGGAGUCGAGACGUUUGGCAUGAGCAACGCUCGGGUUCCUUGCCACCUGAACUGGCUGGGCUGCCACGGCUGCGAACGGGACGGCCUCGAUCUGUGUUCCCACGGGCGGACUCGACCCCGACUGCUUUUUCUAACACCAGAGGCCUCAUACUGCUGCAGCACACCACAAACGCAACAACAUUCUCUUCACAGACUGCACGGCUGGAAGGACUGGAAUAGUAUUCCCAGUCCAAGGUCUACAUCCACAAGUGUUGUCGACGACAGCAUUGCGCUUCGCAGGAAGGAGUAA